AGAAGCUUAGUUAUAAGAUCCAUGGCGGUUCAAGAAGAUGACAAGAGAACAACCGAUGAAGCAAUGAGCAUUGAUAAUUUACGAGGAUUUGUUGAUCUUAAUGUCGGAAAAUGGACUGGCUCCUUUCAUCAAUUUGAUGGUGAUGGGAAUUUGUUGCAUAAGAUUGAUACACGUCUUUCAGCUAGUUCUUAUGGAGAAGAUGAGCUUCUUAGUCUUAAUCAAUCGUUAUAUAUAAAGCAGCCUACAUCAGCUACUUCAGUUUCUGAAGAAGAUGAGGAGGAACCGGACUGGGUUGAAUACAAAAUUAAAGAAACCAAUAUGUUCACUGUGGACAAAUAUCAGCAGAUUGGAUUUUUCCCAAAGGAGAGAGCGUUUUCACUGAGGUAUCAAACCGCUGGAAUGUUGGAUACGACAUUAAGGCAAGGCGUGCUUGGGGAAGACGACACUGGCGAAGAAUCACCAAGAAAUCUUAAACUUCCAUCUCGGCGUCCUUCUUUAGUAUGUGAGAACUGUUUGUAUUCUAAGGAGAUGGAUAGAAGGGCUAGAGCCUUUCACAUCAUGGAUCCCAAAGGUGUUCUUGAAAUGCUUAUUGUUUUCCUCGAGGAAAGAGGGUUAGAGAAUCUCACUCAUCCAGUCCUCGAUAACGCUCAAAAUGAUGCAGAAAGGAUUAUCCCAUUUCUCGGUACUUGGAAAGGUCGUUCAGUAACAAAACGAAGUGGUGUCUAUGGAGCAACACUAUCCGAAGCCGAUAUUGUUGCUGUUCUUGAAAUAAAUGACAAAGGUCAAGUAGUCCAGGAUGUUUCCUCAACAUCGGAUGAGAAAAAAGUAACAACAAAUGUACACUGGGAGGGGAAAAUGUCGAAUAACUUGGUUACAUUCGCGGAAGGAUACCAAAUGACUCUAUUACCAGGAGGUAUGUAUAUGGGAUGUCCGUGUGACGUAGCAAAGUGUGUUGCGGACCUAAAGUCGUUUCACUUAGAAUUCUGCUGGCUUGAAUCACCAAGCUCAAGACAGAGACUCGUCCGCACAUAUGACCAUGAGGGAUUGGCUGUCUCAUCAACUUAUUUUUCUGAGACGAAAAUGUGAGAGCAACACUAUGAUAAUCUUAUGUUCUUGUACUGUUAUUCCUCUAUGUAAUGUUGCAAAUAUACUUUUGAUCUCACA